AUGAACAUCACAGACCUGCAGUACAUACAGUCCAUCAUGCGCGCAGCUUUCCUCUCAGUCCUGUUCGGGCUUACCGCCCUCGCAAAGCCGACCGUCUAUCGCGCCUUUCCUCACCUUGUCAUUCCUCUCGAUUCCUUCGCACCUGACAAGGCAUACAAUACGCAGCAGAGUUUCCACGUUUCGAAAGGAGAGCAGAACUGGACCGCAGCAAACUGGGACGUCCCAUCUAAUGCCGCCGUCUACUGCCAGCUUGGCUUCACCAUCAACAUGGAUCCCAGCCGCGGCGCUCCUUGGACUAUAUGGGGUGUGGAUGACAAUGAGCCAUUCAUGAUCAGUAUCGCUCAGCUGCAAGGCGAAAUCACUGGAUCAGGACGCUCGUUGAGUAUUGUUGUGUAUUCGCUCCUGCUCAUCUGGGAGUAA